AUGAACAAUUUGUGGGAUCAAAUUCGACGGUCUCAAGAUGAAGAUGAUGAAGAUCGGAUGAUGGCCACCAACGUCAUUGUCAUCGCUGCAGUCGCAGAAGAAUCUGGAAACCAACACCGAGGGUGCAGUUCUCAUCCGGGUCGUGCACCAAAUGAGGAACGACUUAGAGAAGAAAGGGGCAAAGGUAUGUUGGCCGACUACUUUGUCGACCGGCCAGUGUUCAAAGAUCCGGUGUUCCGAACACGUUACAGGAUGAGUCUCAAUCUCUUCAAGCGUAUAUCUACUGACAUUUGUCAGUAUGAUCGUUACUUUGUUCAAAUGUCAGAUGCUACCGGCAAAGUCAAACUUCUUCCGGAGCAGAAGAUGACAGCUGCCUUGGGAAUGCUUGCUUACGAAUACCUCCGCGCUCCUACUACAGCCGACCUCAGACGACUUCUUGCGAAAGCUGAGAGGAGAGGUUUUCCAGGAAUGAUUGGGAGCAUCGACUGUAUGCAUUGGCAAUGGAAGAAUUGUCCGACAGGUUGGGCUGGAGAAUAUAGUGGUAGGAAACAGAUCCCCACUAUCAUCCUGGAAGCAGUCCCAUCUUACGACACUUGGAUUUGGCACGCAUUCUUUGGAAUGCCCGGGACAUGCAACGACCUGAACGUCUUGGCAAAGUCUUCGUUGUUUGAUGAGCUUACCGCCGGUAGAGCACUUAUGAUCCAAUUCCAAGUUAACAACAGAGCUCACAGUUUAUGGUACUAUCUUGCCGACGGAGCUGCUCGUGGGUGGCAUAAAGAGGACCUUCGAUACAUCAUGUUGACUUGUAUAAUAGUACACAACAUGAUUGUCGAAAAUGAACGACCUGAAGACAGCGAUGAUGAGGAGGAUAACAAUAUGAGGCCUAGGAUUGCUGAGGUAUGGGAGGGACCAACCGGUAGAGACUUUGAUCCUGUUGGUAGAGAUGCUCAUCAUAUGAACAGAUUCAUGGACCGCUACCAACAAAUUAGAUCUGAGCACAGUCACUCCAACCUUCAGGAAGACCUCAUUCAACACUUUUGGGAAUUUCAAGGCAAUAGGAGUAUCUAG